AUUGAUUGCGAUCUCAAAGCUAUGUGCGGCUCGUAUUCGUCCGCAAUGUUUAGACAGUGCUUUCAAUAGUCCGGACGGAUUAUGGAAUCCGGAAAAGUGGAUGUCAUUCCGAUCUCCCGUUCCCCUCACUUCCACGACUAAACACAAUUACGGCAAACGCGAGGGAAACGAGGCGUUCCCUAAAAAGCCGAUUAAUAAUGAUCUGAAGGAUAAGAUGGAUGACGUGGAUAUAGUACUGAGCCCUCAAAGGAAUAGUUUCGGCACCGGGUGUCAUGUCGUACCCAAACCUCCGAUCAUUGAACCAAAGAAUCGCGAAUAUAGUAACGACAGAAACAAAUCGGAUGAGCCGAGAGAAGGCUAUCGUGAUCGUGAUGGCGGUCGGCGACAGGUGGGCACCGGACGGGUGAACCCCAAGAACGACAGACUUGGCGAUUGGUAUGGCAGUGGCGACAAAGGGUAUGACAGGGGAGACAAAGGGUAUGACAGGGGAGACAAAGGGUACGACAGGGGAGACAAGGGGUACGACAGGGGCUUCGACAGAGACCGAGCGAACAGCACCAGAGACCGAGAGAACGGCUUUCGCUAUAAUAAAGACAACAACAACCGAAUGGAUGACUACCCGAACGACAAUCGAAACCGGAAUCGAUACCAAAAUAAUGGUCGAAAUGAUAUGCAGAACAGGGGUUACAACCGAAACCAAUACCGCAAUCAUUACGAGGAG